UGGAGAAAGAAGAAGAAUGUUCAUAAAACUUGAUCAUAUGCACUGAAAGUAGGCAAAACAAGAUGGCGAGUUUCCUCCUAGAUUUGAUGAAGCCAUAUGUGGCGAAAUUCAUUGACGGGGCAAUAGCAGAAGCACGUUAUGUAUUUUGCUUCACAUGCAUUGUUAAGGAAUUUGAAGAAGAAAGGGCUAUGUUGGAAACAGAAAGGAUAACUAUCGAGCAACGUGUCAAAGAUGCAAGACAAAGAGGUAAAGAUAUUCUAGCUAAAGUUGGUUCUUGGGAAAAGGAAAUUGAUAAGCUCAAUCAAGCGGACACAAAAACAAAACAAACAUGUUUCUUUGGAUUGUGUCCUGAUUGUAUAUGGCGAUAUCAAAAGGGAAAGGAGUUGGCAAAUAACUUGGUGAAGAUCAAACAACUACUAGAAAAGGUUGAGAAAUUUGGAAAUAUUGAACUUCCUCACCCUGUUCCAGGUAUUGAACGCCAUUCAACUGAAUAUUACAUUUCUUUUAAAAGCAGAGAGUCAAAAUACAAAGAACUUUUAGAUGCACUAAAAGAUGACAAAAACUAUAUAAUCGGAUUGCACGGGAUGCCAGGCACCGGAAAGACUGCAUUGGCCAUAAAAGUGGGUAAAGAACUAAAGCAAUCUGAACAGUUUGCUUAUGUCGUUGAUACGACUGUGUCGUUUACUCCUGAUAUAGAAAAGAUUCAAGAUGAGAUUGCUGGACCUUUAGGAUUGAAAUGGGAGGAUUGUAAUGAAUCAGACCGACCCAAAAAACUAUUGAGCAGAUUAACAAAUGGUGAAAAAAUUCUUGUGUUACUGGAUGAUGUGUGGGAUCUAGACCCACCACUUGAUUUUGAUGCAAUAGGGAUUCCAAAACAGGACAAUCACAAAGGUUGUAGAGUUCUUGUAACCUCACGCAGUAUAAAAACUUUCAACAUAAUGGAUUGUGAUAAGAGAAUUGAGUUGGAUGUUUUAUCUAAAGAAGACGCAUGGAUCAUGUUCAAAAGUUAUGCCAGAAUAAGUAAUAGCACCUCUAAAAAAUUGACCGAUAAGGGACGUCAAAUUGCAAAGCAAUGCAAACAAUUACCCAUUGCAAUUUCAGUUAUCGCCAGCAGUUUAAAGGGCCAACAAAAUCGAGAGCAUGAGUGGGAUGUGACAUUGAAAUCCUUGAAGCAGCCUGUAUCCGUGCAUGGUGUUGAUGAUCAUGUGGUUGGAAUUUAUAACUGUUUGAAGAUUAGCUAUGAUAAUUUGAAGGAUGAAAACACCAAGGUGUUGUUCCUCUUAUGUUCGGUUUUUCGAGAAGAUGAAGAAUAUUCUGUUGAAGAUCUAACCAGACUUUGCAUAGGAGUGGGUCUUUUUGCGGAAGAUUAUGGUAGCUAUGAUGAUGCUCGAAUCGAAUUAGUUGUAGCCAAAAACGAGCUUGUAGAUUCUUGUUUGUUGUUGGAGGACGGUGAAAAAAGUCUAAAAAUGCAUGAUUUGGUUCGUGAUGCAGCUCAAUGGAUAGCAAACAAAGAGAUUCAAUGUGUAAGAUUGUUUGAUAAAAAAGAAAAGUCAUUGGUUGAAAACCAGACAAAUAUCAAACAUUUAUUAUGUGAAGGGAAGUGCAUGGAUAUUUUUAACUUGAAAUUUGAUGGUUCCAAACUUGAGACUUUAAUUGUCAAGGUGGAUAGAGAUGAUGACCGCAAACGUAUAGAAGUUCCAGAUUCUUUCUUUCAAAAUGUUAUCAAGCUUCGUGUUUUGAAUUUUUCAGGAAAUUAUGGACGACCUUUAUCAUUACCAGACUCAAUUCAGUCAUUGUCCAAUAUUCGAUCUGUGUUGGUUGAUAGUGUGGAUUUAGGUGACAUCUCUAUUUUGGGAAACCUACAAAGUCUAGAGACUCUUGAUUUGGUUAAAUGCAAAAUCAGUGAAUUCCCAAACCAAAUUACAAAAUUGGGGAAGUUUAAAUUGUUGAAGUUGGAAGAUUGCAAAAUUAGAAAGAAUAAUCCAUUUGAAGUUAUUGAAAGAUGCUCAUCACUUGAAGAGUUUUAUUUCAAAGAUAGUACCAAUGAUUUUUGUCAGGAAAUAACCUUACCUGUGUUGCAAAGAUAUCAUAUCAAUAGAGGUGGGAUGUUCUAUUCUUCUUCAAUGGAGAUGGAGAUAAUCAAUUUCCCAAAAUAUGUGGUGUUUCAUGGAGGUAAUGAUGAAGAGUCUCAUUUUUCAAAAGGAACACUCAAGUACUGCAUGCAAACAGCAGAGGCUCUUUGGCUACAUGGAAUUAAGGAGGGGUGGAGAAAUCUCAUGCCUGAGAUUGUUCCUGUAGAUCUAGGUAUGAAUUUCCUUGUUGAACUUCAUUUGUUUUGCAUUUUACAAUUAGAGUGUCUCAUUGACACCAUUGGUUCUCAAGUACCAAAUGUCUUGUGCAUGUUGGUUGUACUAGAACUGAAAGAAAUGAAAAAUAUGGAAGAACUAUCCAAUGGACCCCUUUCCUUUGAAUCUCUGAACAAUUUAGAAAAUCUAUCAAUCAUGGAUUGUGAACAGUUGCAAAGCUUGUUUAAAGGUAAGCUGAACCUCUGCAAUCUAAAGGCCAUCACACUUGAGAAUUGCCCUAUGUUAGUUUCCCUAUUUGAAGUGUUAACUUCUCGAAGCCUAGUGCUACUAGAGACAUUGAAAAUAGCAAACUGUGAGAGACUGGAAACCAUAAUAGCAGAUGCAAGAAGAGAGGAUGAAGAAAUAGAUGACGGUGAUAAUAAUAACAAGAGUCAUGGUUCAAUGUUUUCGAAACUAAAAGUUAUUGAUAUUGAGAGAUGUCACCGAUUAGAAUCUAUACUACCUUUACUCUCUGCUCAAGACAUUCCAGUACUAGAAACUAUCAGAAUAACAGAAUGUGAUGGAUUGAAAUAUGUGUUUGAUCAAUCCCAAAAUGUUGAACUUGUUUCGCUAAGUAAAUUGAUGCUCUCUAAAUUACCAAACUUCAUUGGUAUUUUUGAAGAAUGUUAUGAUCCCACGUCUUCAUUUGUGAAGGGAUCAUCAUCCACUUCCAAUUAUGGUUCCAAAGCACAAAUACAAUUGGAUCAUAUCAAAUGCAAUAUCUUCUCUUGGACUCAUAUAUGUUGUCAAACCAGAAUCCCAUUGGCAUCAGAAUCAAAUUCAUAUCGCCUUAACAUAUGGGAACGUGCUCAAUGUCUUCCAAUACAAUCAAAGAUCCUCUGCAAUAUUAAAGAGCUUGUAUUGAUUCAUUUUCCGAAGAUGAAAUCAGUAUCUAUAGCUCCACUAAUGCAGUUGGAAACUUUGAAAAUUAAGUACUGUGAUGAACUGAAGUACAUAAUAAUAGACACCGGGGAUCAUAACACUGGUGGCAACAACUUGGUCAAGGUCUUCCCAAAAUUGAAAGAGCUCUAUGUUGAAGGUUGUGAGCAAUUGGAAUACAUAUUUGGACACGACACUAAUGAUCAUCAAAACCACAUGGAGAUCCACCUUCAUUUUCCAGAAUUGAGAAGUCUUAGGCUUUUUUUUCUGAUAAGUUUUGUUGCCAUGUGUCCCAAACAGUAUCGAACAACAUUUCCUUCUCUGGGUAAUACAAUCAUUAAGGAAUUAAGUGGGAACGCGGAGCAUUUUCUCACAUUGGAAAUGCUUCAGUUACACUAUUGCACAGUAGAAAAUAUAUUUUCUCUCAGUGAAGUAAAUGUACAGCCACAACUGGACUUAGGUUUGCAAGACAUUGAGUUGCAUGAUCUGCCUAUGAUGACUUGUCUUUUUGUGGGUCCCAAAAAUUCAUUUGUCCUCAAAAACCUUGCACGCAUAGAUAUUGUGCGAUGUGAAGAAUUGAAAAUUGCAUUCUCCACUUCCAUUUUAAGAUUCCUACCGCAGUUGAUUUAUAUAACAAUAGAAGAAUGCAAAGAGUUGGAACAUAUUAUUGAAGAUGAUGAUGAUGAUUUGGAGAACAACAAAAAUACAAAUUCUUCAAGAACAUGCUUCCCAAAGCUAGAAGGACUUUCUGUUAUAAAUUGCAACAAGUUGAUAUCUGUCCUCCCAUUCUCUGUAUGUAAAGAGCUUCCGAAGCUAAAUGUUCUGUUGAUAACAGAAGCAAAUGAGUUAGAAGAAAUAUUCAAAAGUCAAGAUGAUCACAAAGUUGAUAUCCCAAAUCUAAAAAUUGUAGCAUUUGAUAAGCUACCAAGCCUCCGUUAUACCCAGGGAAAUCAAUUUCAGGCUGUAGAAAAUCGCUAUGUACAGAAUUGUCAAAAACUCACUCUGACUUCGGCAUCAACAACCAACAUCUUUGAGGAAAUUACUGAAUUAUGUCGAAUAAGUACACGUUUUGAUUUGUAUAUGAAUGUGAAAAAUCUAUUUGAACAAAUAGUAAGUGCAGAAACCACUGAAGAAACCACUGAAAUUUUUGAAAAUGCUGGGAUUGAACAACUGCCAAGUGCAAAAAUCACUGAAGAUUUUGAAGUACCAGUUGUUAACAAUUUUCUGUAUUUAACAAUACUACCAACAAAUUCAAAAUUGGAGGGAUCAACAUCAGAAAAAACAGAAGUUGCAACUGUGUCUACCAUUUCAGGAACAAAGAAUGAGCCACCUAUACAGGAUAUUGAGAUAGAAGGAACUUCUAAGACUAAUAACGAUCAAGAUUCUCUAAAUGAUAAUGCUUUGAUGAAAGUAAACUCAAAUGCUGAGGAACAAUUUUCUAAGGGUGAUGAAAUAAUUGUUUCCAAAUCUAAACCCUCUCUUAACAUCACAUCUCCUAUUGCUUCUCCGUUCCCUUCAAUGCCUUCUAUAGGGGAUCCUUCUCAAAAAGUAGAAGAUUUAGCAAUUCUAACAACAAAAUCUAAAAUACAAAUGAAACAAACACCUGAGGCAGAUCAUGAAUUUGUUGAAAAUGUUCCGGAUUCAGAAAUACUACCAACAAAUUCAAAAAUACAAAUGAAACAAACACCUGAGGCAGAGCAUGAAUUUGUUGAAAAAUUUCCAAAUUUAGCAAUACUACCAACAAAUUCAGAAGAGUUGUUGAAUGAUCAAUUGGAGGCCUCAACAUCAGAAAAAACAGCAUUUGCAACUGUGUCUACCAUUUCAGGAACAAAGAACGAGCCACCUAAACAAAAGGGUAUUGAGAAAGAAGGAGUUUCUAAGACUAAUAUUGAUCAAGUUUCUCUAAAUGAUGACGCUUUCAUGAAAGUAAACUCAACUGUUGAGGAACAGUUUUCUAAGGAUGAUGAAAUAAUAGUUUCCAAAUCGAAACCCUCUCCUAGCAUCACAUCUCCUAUUGCAUCUCAGUUCCCUUCAGUGUCUUCUAAUGGGGGGCCUUCUCAAAAAGUAGAAGAUUUAAGUUCAUCUUUGCUUGUCAAGAGGGAGCUUGAGGAACUGGUCUCCAAGAAUCAUUUGGAUUAUCUGAACUUGCCUUUGUUAACUGAUUUUCUUGUUAAGAAUCCUUCUGUUCAUUUAAAGGACACUUCACUUCCUAAUAGAUACAAGGGUUGUGCCUACAACUUACUGGCCGAGCUAUUGCAAUUCCUCGAAACCCAUAGUUUAGUUGAAGUAUCGGGCUCACGCCACUCUGAAUUUGUGGAGCUAUUACAAGAUGCGCGCUACUUUGCUUUUGAUAAGGAAUGGUUGGAUGGUGUUGAGAGGCGUGCUUUAUUUCCAGAAAUACAAGUAUCUCCAGAUGCUUUGGAAAAAUUAUUGCAUUCCAAGAAACAGGUUACCAAGGAUGUUGAAGAUUUGCGUUUCAAGAUACACAUUUUAAGUCAACAUGUGGAAGAUCUUAAGCAUCAAUUGAUAUCCUCUGAAGCUGUUUUGGAGAGUAUCAUUCAACAAGAAGCGGUUCUUAGUGCCCCUAUUGGCUAUUAGUUUCAUUGCGUGUGCCAUUGUCCUUCAAUAUUGUUUAUUCCUUGAGUGUGAGGUUUCGUCAUUUCUCAUAUGAAAUGAACUUAUGAACCGUCUUAUUUUGUUUGUGUUGGGUGGAUUCACUCCUCAAGUGGAAUCCACCCAAUUUAUAUUAAAAGAAAAAAAAAAGAGAAAAAAAAGAGGCAAAAAAGAGAAAGCAAAAAACAAAAAAUGGGCGUAUUUGUGUUUUAAUAGGCAUUUGUGUUGUUAAUUGAUUUCUACCUUUAGUGUGUAUUGUUGUUCCCUAGUGUUUACUAGGAAGACUAUUGUGUAAUUAUUAUUAUUUAUAGUGGGAAAUUUAACU